AUGUUAUCUUCAGCAGGACCACCACUCAGGAGGCAGCCUCCACGCCCUCCGCGACCUCACCCGCGGGGGGGGCGGAGGGAGACCCGGGAGGAGGAGGGGGAGGAGGAGGAGGAGUCAGAGUCAGGGGCAGUCAGUCAAGGUCAGAAUACAGGAAAUGAAGUCAGUGGCAGUGAGUUUAAUCUUGACUAUGACACCAUUGCCACUACAACUGCUAUUGAUGCUGCUGCCUCCCCCACCACUCCAACCACACCUGUCACUCCCGUCCCUGCUGCUGCUCCUCCUGCAGGUGGUGUAGAGGUGGACGUCCUGGUGCCAGAGGAAAGGAGUGAGGGCCUGGAUGCUGUGAUGACUCCAGGCACCCCACCCACACCCACACCCCUGCACCCCUCCCCACUACCUGUCAUCACCGAGCAGCCCCACCCGCAGCCUCCCGUCAGUGAGUGGGUGGAGGAGGAGGAGGGGAAGGAGGAGGUGAGUGAGGGAAGUGGUGACAAGCGUGAGGUAGCUGCGGCAGACGACGGAGGCAAUGGUGUGGACGUCCCCGAUACCUCUGUGAGCUUAGGAAGUGAGGUGGAGUGGGAAGGUGAAGUGUUUGGUGAGGACACGCCAGCAGGGGCAGAGGCAGUGGAGGUGGACAGUGGCAGCGACCAGGACAGCGAGAGAGACAGUCUGAUAGUGAGUCGUAACGAUAGCGACCAGGAACUUGAAGCCGAGGACAUGCCCGCCCUGGAGGAUGACGUGGCCCUCGACCUUGAAACCAGUGACCACAGACCCUGGCAGGCCGACACAGAGGGGGACCGGGAUGAGCCGCAGCCAUGCACAGAGAACGGAGGACGAGGAGAUUGUGAAGGUGACGUGGUCCAGCGCAGGUCCCCGGAUCCUCAUCACCGUGGCGGGGGAGACUCGGACGAGGCGACGGGUACCCCCAACCACCUCCAGGAGAGCGGCAGUGCCACCUCAGGGUGCGGCGGCUGCUCCCUGGAGAGCACCAUGUUCCCCUCCUCACAUGUUGACUCAGGGCUCACCUUUGCUCCUCCUACCUCUGCAUCUGGCCACCUGACUCACCCCAGGGCCCCCACCCCCAAGUCCCCCACCACAGUGGAUGAGUGGGUGGCUGCCCUGCCCCCACACCCGACCAACUUCCUCAGGAGUCAGAGCGUGGAGGAGGAUGGGGAGGUGUGGGGCGCUGGGGAUGCCGAGGACCCAGGGGAAGACAGCCUCAACCUGGGAGCCGAAGCUGGUCUCAUGUGCGGCUCCCUGGUGGUGACAACAACCAGCUCAGCACCAGCCUCUACCACUCACACAGUCCACACCACACCCACAACCACCCCCACCACCACCUCUGAGCCUCGCCGCAGCAGCCAGCCGGAGAGCACCUUGGCCGCCACCACCACUGCCGCCCUUAAGGCCCCCGGCGGACGGCAAAGAAGCCACAGUCUCCAGGCCGGCAGGGGAUCCACGCGGCCACUUACCCUGAGUGACGUGGCAAACAUUCAGCAGCAGAGGGUGGCCGGGGUGGAUGGCAGAAGGCUACAGUUUGCAUCGCUGAGGGAAAAGCAGUCCUCCUUUCAAAGUGAGCUGUCAGGACUCUCCUUACAGAGCAGCAGGAGGAGGCACAGCAAGGCACCAGAGGACACUGCAGCAGGGAGGGAGGUGAAGGGUACACGAACUGGGGUGUUUCCUAAGGGCCGUUCCUCCUCCUCCUCCAGGUCAAGCAUAGACUCCCUGCUGGACUCAAGACAGGCCGACCCAGUAGAGGUGCUUCUUAAUUUGGGUUUCGGAGGUCACGCUCAGGACGGCCUUGCUCGCAUCCCUGAGAGGUUCCUGCGGCCCUCCAAGGUUCCCGGGAAUAGCAUUGAGGACUUCCUGAAAUCCGAGGAGGAGAUGAAUGAAAUGAUGGAGACAGCAGAGAUGAUGCCUGGCAUAGACCCGCAAGCAUUGCGUCGCUCCUCCGUGGCCACCGUGUCCCCACUCAUGACCCAGCUGCUGGAGAACAUACGGGAGACUCGGGCGGCCAGGCAGGUUCAGCGCACCCCCAGCCAGGACUCCCUGCCGCAGCCUGCCAGCACGCUCACCGGCAUCAAGCGGUUCGCACAGGUGGCCAAGAAGACCGGUGUGCAGAGCGUGGUGGCCAAUACUCUGCUGGGCGGCAUGCAGUACCCCAAUCGCCUCUCCUCGGUGCUCAAUCCAGAGAACCGCCGUCUGCUGGACCUCCAGGGGCAGCGCUCUCCUGAGGUGCCAAGAAAACGGCUCAUCAUUGGGCAGGAUUCGUUUGACCUGGAUCGCGAUGGCCAGCUCAUGAAUGACGAGGAGGAGGGGGAGGCGAGGACUGCCGCUGGGCCUUCGCCGCAGCCAGAUGUGGAAGAGGAGUGCCUUUUGGAGGAACUGAAGGAGGACAGUGGGGAGGGGGCGUCUGAGGCUGGGGAUGUGGUGUCAGAGUCUGGGAUGUCUCGGCGAGGUCUUCUGCAGCACAAGGACUCGGUGUGGUCCAUGGCCAGCUCAGCAACCAGCGUGGACAGCAGUGAGGAGGACCUGAGGGACCAGCGCCGCCGCCUCCAGCUCAGUCUGUCCCGCCGCACCCCAUCACACUCUGCCGCUGACUCCCAUGAGGGACCCCCCACCCCCGUCGAGUCCCUGGAUUCACCCUUCCUGGCUGGCAACACCCCAGACUCAGCAGACCGGCGACGUGGGCUGAUGAAGCGUCUGGGGCCGAGCAGUAAGCGCAUGAGCAGCAGCAGCAGCCGGGACGUGGACGAGCUGAUCCCGGAGGAGGGGGAGGAGGGGGGCAUGGAGGGGGUCCUUCAGGAGGUAAUACGAGAGAGUGCAUCCCACACUUCCUCCUCACUCCGCAAUUCUGUGCCUUCUGCUGCUCCUGCUCAACCAUCUCCCCCUGCUGCUCUCGCUUCCACACCCUCAUUCUACCUUGGUGAGCAGGUGGGUGCUGGCUCGUCCACAUCCACGCCACCCCACGCCUUCCAUCCGCACCAUGCACACCACCACCACCACCACCAUCACCACCACCACCAUGCACUCCUCGACACCUCCCCUCACCUCCCACACAUGCACUCCGCCAUCAUCAAGAGCCUGGAGAGCCUGGGCCACCCCGCCAACCUCCACCACAACCACCCGAAUCACCCCAGCCCCAGUAACACUCAUCAUGGCCCCCACUCCCCCUCCCCGCUUCUGACAAGUGUUGGGGGGCACCUGGAUGGCCUGCACCUGCCCCUCUUCUCCCCCACCAGCCCCCUGCAGGACACCAAACAGAGAGGUGGGGGGUUGAGGAGGCAGCAGAGGGUGGAGGAGGGGGGUGUGGGUGGCUCGUGCUGCCCCCUACCCACCCCCGGAGAGCAGGAGGACAAUCAGGGCAGCGGUGGGGGCGGCGGCGGCAGCAGCAGAUCGGCGCCAGGGGUGAGUGUAGGUCUGUGUCGCUCCAGCAGUGCCCAGUCAGACUCCUCAGGCUUCAUGGACGGCGACACAGGGGAGGGUGAUGUCAGAAUAGGGACAGCAGCACCACCCUUCACCGCCACCACCACCAGGCAGCCCCUCACCCCCACAGCAACACCAACACAGCGACAGGUGUACUGGUGGUGGAGCAAGGACAGCACCAGCAGCGUCGACACCACACGCCACCUGCCCCUCGCCCGCACCAUGGCCACCCUCACCCCACCCCCAGAGCCUCCAGCAGUGUCCCAGGGGCCCAGCGCCGCGGAGAACGCCACGCUCCACCACUCCCGCAGCAUGGACCUCUCCUCUCCCACUCAGCCCACUCAGCCCUCUCCACACACCCCAUCCCCACUUCAAUCUAGUCGUAGUUUAGAUGCACCUCCCUCAGCUUUUCACGCCUACCAGGGAAACCUGCCUGCCGGGGGUGUAAGUGUACCUGUGCCUGUGUCCCCUCCUGUGUACUGCCACCUGUGCUUCCCCUCCCACACCUCUCACCCCCUUUGCCCCCCCUGGUCCCUGCCCCCUGUCCCCACACAGCCACCUACCACCCCUGUACACACAGAAGACAGGGCUAGACUUCGCCGACAUUCCCUCCCUGAGCCACUACCCCUGGACACUGCACCAGAAGCCCCCGGAGUGUGGCCAGGAGGGGGUGAGGGCCUGUCCACACCCCUCCACACCUCUACCAAUGAUAGUCACCUCCACCUUCCCCACCCCAGCAAUCCAAGGAAACUCCAGCGCUCCUUCACCUCCCCUGCCCCCACCUCCAACACCUCCCUCCCCCACCACCACCACCACCAUCACCACCUCCACACUCCCCAACCCAAUCCCUCGAGCCUGCUGAACACACUGCGGCGCUACCAACAGCAGCUGGCGGACCAGGAGAAGCUGUCCCACCAGCUGCACCGCCUGGCCCUGGACUCCAACCUGCACCCAGCCACCACACGGCCGCAUGUCCUGCUCAACCAGCUGAGCACGGUGAGGGCCAUCCGGACGGCCAUCAGGGCGGAGGUGGCCCACAUGGAAUACCUCCUCUCCAAGGCCCAGCCGGACUCCUUCACCCACACCUGCCUGACUGAGGUGGUGGCCAAGAUGAUGGUUCUACUGCAGCAGCAAUCAGAGUUGUGCCGAGACUUGGAGACACUCACCCUCGUCACCCCAGACACCUCCGGCACUCAGGACCCCCACACACCACCCCCACCACCACCAUCUGCCAGCCAACCAGACCCACCUCCAUACUCACCAAACACUGCAAAUCCCACCUUCCCCACAUUUUUACAGCUCACCUCACCCAUCACUGUUAAUUCAAGACAGAGUGAUGCAAAGACACCACCUGCCAUUCCUGCCAUGCAUUCCACAUCCUCUGCAUUCCAUUUAGUCAACCCAGCACCUACGACUCCACCUGCAGUCCACCCGGUGUCCACAGCCACUCAUCCGCUGCCUAUAACCUCACAUCCGAUCCACACAGCAUCCUCCACUGGUAAUGUUAUCCAGCCAACACCCAUCACACCUCAUUCACCACCUGCUGCAGUAGAAAACAUGAUUCCUCUAGCACAGAGCUCCCCUUCUGCACCCCAGCGAACCCCCAGCGCAUCACACACCCCGCCACACACCCCUAAUUCCCCUCGGCCGUCCAGUCACUCCUCUGUUGACACCAGCUGGAACCUUCGGCGCCUUUCGAAGAAUGUUGAGGAGGGAGAGGGUGGAGAGGAGAGGGAGAGGGAGCAAGCCACCCCUCUCACACCACCUUACCAUCUGCCAGAGGUGGCUCAGCUGGUGGAGGUGGAGGUGCGGAGUAGGACCUCAGGACUCCACCAGCAGCUCCUCCAGCAGACACAGGACGUGGCAGACAUCAAAGGAAUGCUGCAUGUCCUUCUCUCGCGCCUCAAGUAACCCUAGGACACUGUGGCAGAAAGCGUGUUUGUGUGUGUGUGUGUGUGUGUGUGUGUGUGUGUGUGUGUGUGUGUGUGUGUGUGUCCUAUUGUUCCUGUGUUGAUGAAGUGAUGUGAUAUCCUGUCAUGGUGUUAGGGAUGGUGUUUAUGAGUCAUUUAGUGUCCAGUGCGUCUGUUUUUUCUUCUGUUUCUCACUUGUGUACAGUAAACUCUCUAUUUAUGCCAGAUAUGUGUUCCGAAGAGAAGCCGCUUCAAUAGAAAACGCGUAAAUGUAUCAUAAUUUCCCCCAUAAAGAACAGUGGUAAUAAUGGGAGUCAGGUUCCUAGACAAUGGGAAAUCCCACUUCCUCAUUUGGUUUCUGAUAACGAAUAGUAUUUUGUGGAUACGAUGAGCACCACAGUGUUACAUCGCUUUAAUGUGAGGUAGCACGUACGUAGAAAACUUUGCCUUAACCCUUUCACUGCAACACCAAACAGUUAGUAGCAGCAGAAGCAAUGCGUUGUCUUUACAAGCAUCUACAAAAAAGUUAGUGGCGGAAAACAAUACAUUUUACAAUUUCUUCCCAGGUUAAUAAUUAGAUAUGGCUGUAGAACAAGUCAAGGUGUCUCAGAGCUAUUAGUAAUUAGUGAAAGGUGUACCGGGUGGCAGUCAAAGGGUUAAAGUGAAAAUACAUAUGUAAAUCUCUUGUAAAUGGAGACUUUGCUGUAUUCCUAUGUCGUUACCCGUGUCCUUUCGUUACUGCAGUGUCCCCUCGUAACUCUCGUGCUGUGCCUGAAGCAACCUGUGACGUGUUAGAGAGGUCUUGUUCUUUCUUGUGUCUCAUUCCUGUCCUUUAUAACAGUGAAGCAACAGAAGCUUAUGUCCCUCUGUUGCUGUUCAUGUGAUCUCUCUCUCUUUCUCUCUUUCUCUGACUCACUGUUCUUUUAUGAAAUGGGAUUCCUCACUUGUAGUUAGUAAAGGAGGGGCAGACUAUUUGGUGGGCUCAAUAUAGCUGUAAGUCUUAUCCAUUGCCUCAUGUAUGGACACUUUGGUGAGGGAGAGGGAGAGAGAGAGAGAGAGAGAGGGAGAGGUUGGCCUGUGCUACUCUGUUUAAUUAAUUCAGUGGCACAUGCUGGUCUUGUGGCUUUACCUGGCUUGGCUGUGUUUUGUUUCAAGGGCAGACAAAUUGUGGUGAAAAAUAAGAAGGGCAGGAUUUAUUGAUAUUAGAGAAAGAAGUGUAUGUAUUGCUUGGCUGUUGAAGUGAUGGAGUGUAUCUAAGUUUGACUAACAGUGCCACUCAGAAAAGAAGACGUUUGGGUGAGUUGCUGUGUGGUGUCCUGGUGUUUGUUGGUAAAGGAGACGUGGCUGGGACACUUGCUCACUUGCCAUGGACUCACUCACACACUCGCUGUUGUCUGAGCACAUACUCAUUCAUUGUUAGUCCUCCAUUCACUGCUGCUCAUGAGAUAGACUUGUCACUUCUCAUCUCUUCAAAAUUGAGGGAUUGAUGUCUUUUAUCUCGUAUAUUUUAAUUUUAUCUAUUUAUUGAUCUAUUAUAGUCAUUUUUUUUCAUUUCUGUAACAAGAUUUUGUUAAUCAUCAUCUGGGUAUAGAAAUUCACACACACACACACACACACACACACACACACACACACACACACACACACACACACACACACACACACACACACACACACACACACACACACACACACACACACACACACA